AUGAGUACUAUCUUGAGGUCAUUGUUAGCCAGGUCGAGACACAGCAGGGCUUUCCGAAUGAUGAUGAUACACGAACUCAAACCAAUGAUGCCCGAAAUACGAACUCAAACACGUUCUUAUUCCGAUAGCAAUACAUCUGAAAGUACGUCGCAAAGGCGAUUAGAAUCAACAAAGGAAUUUUGGAGAAAAGCUCAUAUUGAGAAUUCAAAGGAGUCCGAGAAGGUAUUGAAGCUAUUGAGAAAGACUGGUGCUAUCUCCAUACUUGCCGUACUUGCUUCAAUAGCCUACGCUGCUAUUAUAGAGCAUUCAAACAAGACAGAAGAAGAGGAGCAAGGAAUUGAAUAUAUACCCAACUUGAAGGAGGACAUAAGGUAUAGGAAAAGAGAUGACUAA